GGAAAGUCUCAGUUGUACAAUACACAUUGCCCUUUUGUCAGCAGAGAAAUUAACACCUUGUGCAGUGACGACAGGAAUGCAUAGUGGUCUCGGGCACCAGGUUCAAAGGGCCGAAUGGCCUACUCCUGUUCCCAUGUUCUAUGUUUCUAGGUUCGAUGUGGUCAGCACAGAGAGACUUCAAACCAAUUGGUAUGUGAGAGGAGUAGUGGGAGUGGCACCUGGGAGGUCUGAGGAACGGUUUACAGAUACAUUGUCGAGGAACUGACGCUCAAUGAACCCUGAUGUCAUGUCGCUGGGAUUAUAAAGGGGACCAGUACGGCUCUGAAAUCCUCGAGAGAGGCAGAACAAUUGUGUUAGAGUUUUAUUUCACCGGCCGGGAGACGAAUCUCGACAAUGAAAUUAACAUGCAGGCAGCUGGCCUGCAGAUAAAUGGAUUAAACUGAGCAGCAGGCUCAUUCCCUUCCAUCCUUCCUGCUGAGAUGACUCUGAACACUGAGAGGAGUGACAGAACAUUACAUCGGCGUGCCAGCUCUCCGGUACCCUCCGCCCACCGUCACCAUCACCCUCCUGUCCAGCCGUUCCGCAGCCUCAUCACCGAGACGGAGCUGUUGGCACGACCCGGCCCUUGGCAGAGACCCAGCUUUGGGCACUCGGUUUCGUAUCAGCCCGCGGACAGGGAGCGUGGAAGCUGGUCAUCAGACUCGGCAGAAUCUGACGCCUCCAGCAACUCGGGCUGUGGCCUCUUCCGGGUCCUAGUCCUCGGCGAUUCCGGAGUCGGGAAGUCCAGUCUGACCAAUAUCUUUGCAGGGAUCCAAGAUGCUCAUGGUGAGCACUCGGGAGAAGACACAUAUGAACGGACUUUGACUGUUGAUGGAGAAGAUACAACCUUGAUAGUAAUGGAUACCUGGGGAACUGAGGGUGAUGAGCCAUGGGUUCAGGAUUACUGUAUGCAGGUGGGCAAUGCUUACAUCAUUGUCUACUCCAUCACUGACCGGUCCAGCUUCGAAAGUGCCUCAGAGCUUCGGAUCCAGCUUCGGAGAAUACGGCAGGCCGAAAACAUCCCCAUCAUCUUGGUGGGGAACAAGACUGACCUGGUUCGAUGUCGAGAGGUCUCAGUUGAGGAGGGCCGGGCGUGUGCUGUGGUCUUCGACUGCAAGUUCAUUGAGACGUCAGCUGCCCUGCACCACAAUGUGAUGGAACUGUUUGAAGGCAUCGUGCGGCAGAUAAGGCUGAGGAAGGACACAAAGGAGGCCAACGAGAGGAGGAUGGCCAACCACAAGAGGAGGGAGAGCUUCACCAAAAGAGCUCGUCGCUUCCUGGACAAGUUUGUGGCAAAAAACAACAAGAAGAUGGCCCUGAGAGCCAGGUCAAAAUCCUGCCAUGACCUGUCAGUUUUGUAAAUAUUCAAAAGGGAGUUUGCAAAAACAACACUCGCUAACUGUUUAAGUCAGGACAGAGCUCCUAUUCUUGCUUCUCUCAACAAUGUGACCCUGUGGUCACUGAAUCCAGUGGUGGAAACAUGGUUUACUGAAGAUAAGUGAGUACUUGAGACAUGGUGACUGACAGGUUGGGGUUUUGUCAGAAACUCAUGAACCUGCCCCCACAUUAAAGUGCGAUAACAUUCACAAACACCACAUAUGUGACAGAAACCAAGCCAACCUAAGAUGAUGUUUCCUUUUGUGAGGAGAGUCCUGCUGACUGGCACUUUGAUCACCAUCAUUUCUGGGCUGCUGACAAUGUUUUCUUUGUGUGGGUUGCCUCAUUCACCUUCUGCUUAAGCCCAUUACUGCUCAGUGAAAGUCCAAAUCUUGAAGACAACUAAGAUCUAGAUCCUACCUUACCAAUGUUGUCAUGAAUGGCUUCAACCUUGAUAUCAAAGACUGAAACUCAAGUUGGCAUAUCUUUAUAUCUGCAGUGUUUACAUGGGCUCAAGUUUUAUUUUGGGUGGGAGUGGGGAUUGGGUGUGCUAUAAGAUAUGUAAUGAUUUUUAUCUUGGAAUAAUUAAUUUAGAUAACACUUCUUAGGAAAUUAGAGCAUUACACCUCUCAGAAUUUUUACGAAAUUUAGAUUAAUGAUAGAUCAUAUGCACGAAGAAAUAACCUUAUUUCUACUUAACUCUUAAGUGUAAUCAUAGUGGUUCCUAGCUCUGUGAUGGAGACCCUUCACAAAGUCUUGUCAAGCAGCAAAUGAGAAUCAACAGCUGUUGUUUGCCCAUGUAGAACUAGCAUCAGACAGACUCUGUUUACAGUGGUAGGGCCACCAGAAGGAUUGUUGGUGAUUAUAAUUGGUGAGCCUAUUUCUAAUCAAUUUCACUCAGAAUGAGUGAUUCUCCAGUGGUGCAAAGUGGAUCAGGAUAGCAAUGGAUAGUGAAAACAUAAUCUAACGGUUUGCCUCUCUUGAGCAAUGAGGCUUGUGACCAGUAUGAGCAUGCUUUCCUGCUUGGAGGAGGCUGGAAGCUGUUGGAAGAAAAUAUCAGGUAGAAUUUGAGGGCAGGGAUCUGUUCAUUCCAGCCAGAAAAACAUGGCACCCAUGCUCUGAAAGUCAAACCUUGAUUACCCCAAUAGACUUCAAUCAGUGCAUCUCAAUACAAACCUAUGGGGCUUUGAAAUAAGAAGCACAGUCGACAAUGUAGAACUGGUUUGUCUAGGCAUCCCCAGAACAUCUGGCCUCUCAUCCUUAUAUUCCUUUGAUAGAAACUUUGAAUCGUAAAAGUAUACAUCGGGAAACAGGCCCAUCGGCUGACCAUGUUUUCCAAACUGAACUAGACCUAUUUUCUAGUAUUUGGCCCAUAUCCCUCCAAACUUUCUAAUUCAGAUAUCUCUCCAAAUGUCUUUUAAAUGUUGUAAUUGUACUCACCUCUACCACUCCCUCUGGCUGCUGGUUCUAUACACGCACUGCCCUCUGCAUAGAAAAGUUUCCCCUUGGGUUCUUAAUUAAUUGGUAGGAUGUUACCGUCAAUGUCAAUGUUUAUUGCCUGUCCCUAAGUGCCCUUGAGGAUGUGGCAAGUCAGUAUCAUUACCAACAAUUCACUAAAUCCAUCUCAGAUGUCAUUAAGUUGGAAAGGAUGCAGAAAAUAUAUUAUGAGGAUGUUACUGGCACUGGAAGGUUUGAACUAUAAGGAGAGACUGGAUAGGCUUGGACUUAUUUCACUGGCGUGUAAGAAGUUGAGGGUUGACCUUAUAUAGAUUUAUAAAAUCAUGAAAGGCAUAGAUAAGGUAAAUAGCCAAGGUCUUUCCCCAGGGUGGGGGAGCCCAGAACUACAGGGCCAUAGUUUUAAGGUGCAAGGAGAAAGUCUUAAAAGGAUCUGAGGGGCAAUUUUUUUCGCACAGAGGGUAGUUUGUGUGCGGCAUGAACUGGCAGGAGAAGUAGUAGAUACAUUACAGUGACAACAUUUAAAAGGCUUUUGGACAGAUACAUGAAUAGAAAAGGUUUAGAGGGCUAUGGGCCACAGGCAGGUAAAUGGGACUAGUUUAGUUUGAGAAACUUAGUUGGCAUAGUCGAGUUGAUCAGAAGGGUCUGUUUCCAUGCUCUAUGACUCUAUCUCCUCCAGAGAUUAUCCCCUCAGAGACUCCCAAUUCUGCAAAGUCCACUCAUCUCGUCCCAGGAUGAUCCCACGAGCUUACAGCCAGAGUGGGUCAGUCUCUCCCCUGAAAAUAUCCUCCAAGUAAGGAGCUUAAAUUUAAAGAAGAUUUUGAGGUUUAAUUGUAGACUACUGGACUUGUAUUGUUAACUCUGUUUCUGUCUUCAUAGAUGCUGCUGAGUUUCUCCAGCAUUUCCUGUGCUUGUUUAAGUGUUCAACACAUCAGUCUUUCAUUGACAACCAAAACGUACAUUUGAGAAUUUGAGAAUUAACUGUUCUUAUUUGAUGUACUUCAAUCAGUUCCAGCCGACCCACUCUCUCUGCCUCUUGUGGGUGUAAGCACAUUGACUAGUAGUCGAUGGGUCAUGAUGUUCCCCUAUGAUGCCCAAUGAACCUAGAACAUAGAACAGUACAGGCCCUUCAGCCCAUGAUUUUGUGCUAACCUAGUAUCCUACUAAGAUCAAACUACCCUGCAUACCAUACAUUGUACUCCUUUAAUAAAACUCCUUUAGUCAGUAGUCAGUAGCUUCCUACAGCCUGAUUUUUAACUCACAGCAUUUCAGGCACUGCUCCAUCAGACUCCCUGCUCUACCCCUGAACCAAAAUGGAGAGAUUUUACCUGCUACAAUACUGAUCUGAUGAAGCCAAUGGGAAUGGCACCUCUCUGAUUAGGGAAGGAAGAGGAUGUCGCUGGGCCGCAGAUGGUUUCCUGAUAAAAAGCUGAUUCUGCACUUUAGGUCAGCACUGAAAUUGUACUUUGCAAAGGAAGCUAGAAAUUAGUCAGGACUGGAAAAGUCAGUAAUUGGAGAGGGAGGCAAGUCAGGGAAGACCCUAGGUGUCUUUGUGGGACACAGUGAAGCAGAGGAACACCGUGAUAGUUUAAGCCAGGAGUCCAUUAUCUAAAUCCAGAUUUUAACAAUCUGUCAUGCAUAAAAUAACUUCUGCAAAGUCCUAUGGUGUAAUGGUUAUGUCCAUACCUCUGGGCUAGGAGACCCAGGCUUAAGUCCCACGUGCUUCAGGCAUAUACUGUAGCACACCUGAACAGGUCUGUGAUAAAUAUCUUCAAUGAUGUGUAUAUUAGAAGGGCCCCCUGACCCCAGUUUAGGACUGGGAUUAUUUAGAGUGGAGAUAUGGGCUCUGUAGAGAGUAGUACAGCGCAUCCCAAUUUACAAACCCUCAUUCGUGCUUACAACCACACUCCAUGUAUGGUUUUAAAGACCUGAUAUACAAAUACUUCGCAUGCUUAUGAAUGGCUGUAUUGCAUUCCGACAUGUGUACGAAUCCACAUGCAAAUAGACUCUAUAGGAAGCCCAUUCGCACCCCAGGAACUGUCUGUAAUUAAUCUCUACCAAUGUAUUGUCGCUUCAGAAUUAGCAGAUAGGCUUAGACGCCCCCCCCCCCGACAAAAACAAAUCCCUCAUUAGCUUCCAUGUCAAAUUUCACUUCAUAAAGCUCUUGUAAAUUAUCUUUUGAUGUUUUGCUGCAGUAAAGGUGCUAAAUAUUUGCAGAUUGUGUUAAAAUGGAGAGAAGGAAAGAUUUAAGAAAAACCAAAAGAACUGCAGAUGCUGUAAAUCAGGAAACAAAACAGAAGUUGCUAGAAAAUCUCAGCAGGCCUGGCAGCCUCUGUUAAGGAAAAAACA